AGCCCAAAGCAGGGGCUUCCGGAGGCAGCGGGCGGCGCCUGCUCGCCGGGUCCAGUGCGGCCGAGCAGCUCGGUGGGUGCAAACACAUGAAUCGUAGCUGCGGGCAGGAGGAAUAUCAGGUGCAUCUCUGCGCCCCGAGGGCUCAACUCCUACACUUAAAUCCCUCCCACUGGAACAGCCGGCUCCAGUUUCACCGGGCAGGCGUGCGAGCAGGUACUGCUUCCCGCGUGUCAGCCACAGCCACCGGCACCCAGACGGCCACGUCCCCGCGCUGCCUGCCUCCGUGCAGCUCCCGCCACCCGACGCAUGCGACUCUCCUCGGCAGACCCUCAGCACGCGGGGCCGGCGCCAAAGUGCUCAGAAAGGAAAGGGAAGACUGGGCUUAAAAGCCACCACAUCCGAGUCACAGAGGGGUCAGCAGCGAUCCCAGCACAGAGAAGAUCCGAGCCCGAAACACAAGGAGGGAAGAUGAGUCUCCUCAAGGAGCGGAAGCCAAAAAAGCCGCAUUACAUCCCCCGGCCUCCGGGAAAGCCCUUCAAGUACAAGUGCUUCCAGUGUCCCUUCACGUGCAACGAGAAGUCACACCUUUUCAACCACAUGAAGUACGGUCUCUGCAAAAACUCCAUCACGCUGGUAGCAGAGCAAGACCGAGGGCCCAAGUGUCCCAAAUCUAACUCAGCAGACCCCACGCCAGCCGCCCAGCCCGGCCCCGCAGCUCAGCCGGCCGCCUCCCAGUCUGGCGCGAGCGGACUCUCCGACCUGGACGCGAAGCUUCAGCACAGCUUCGCCAAGGAAGACGUCAAGGAAAACCUGGAGCUGCAGGCUCGGGGGCCCCACAGGGGCCCGGGACAGAAGCCAGCGCUCCGCAAGGACACGGCACCCCCGAGCCCAGCUCCAGAAGCCGCCCUCGGCACCCAGCCUGCCCUGGACGGCGUGGUCCGCCCGUCGGCCUUCGUGCCCGUGGGGGAGCACAGACUCAAGGGGCCAGAAAACACCGAGGCACCAGAACUGCUGGCAUUAACCAGCCCCACGGCCAAGGCCACGGCUUUCCACGCCAAGUCUGCGUUCCACGCACCUGGCUACCCCUGGAAAGCUGGCUCACCCUUCCUCCCUCCGGAGUUUCCACCCAAAAUCUCGUCGACGAAGGGGUUUGGGGCCCUUUCCACGUACAUGCACCCCACGAUCCCAGAGUACCCGCCUCACUUCUACACGGAGCACGGGCUGGCCACCAUCUACUCACCCUACCUGCUGGCUGGGAGCUCGCCCGAGUGUGACGCGCCCCUGCUGUCACUCUAUGGCGCCCAAGACCAAAGACACUUCCUGCCUCCCCCGGGGCCAACCCCUAAGCACUUGAACCCACCUCUGUCCACAUACGAGCACUACAGAUUUUUCCAGCAAUAUCACUCCAACCUGCCAAUUCCUUAUGGAUUUUACAGGCCGGAGUCUGCGUUCUCCUCCUACGGUCUCAGACUCCCGCCCGCCACGGGCAUCACACCAGAUCCAAGCUCCCACCCACCUGAUGAAUCCCCCCCAGUCUACCCAGCCUCAGGUCCCUCCAAGUUAAACCCUUCGAACUCCCACAAAAAACACACAGAGUUUGAAAAAGAAAGUCCAAUCCCUGAGGCCAAAGACCCUGCCAAGGCCGGGCAGAAGGACGCAGAGGGGGCCAAGAUGAGCCCCCGCGCGGGCAGCGCGGCCACGGGCUCCCCAGGCAGGCCGAGUCCCACCAACUUCACGCAGACGAGCCAGGCGUGCGAGGGCCUGUGCGACCUCUCCCACAAGGCAGCCCCCAGCGCCGCGGGGGGGCCCCCCCAGCCCGAGCAAAGCCUCACAGCCUUCAAGCCUGUCAAGAAAAGCGUGGAAUGCCCACGUGCUGUCCAGGCUCCCCCGCACAGAGCGGAGUCUCCAAAAAGCCUCGGCACUGCAGACGGAGAACCUCUCGCUCAGACAGGCAGCACCUCUCUCCUCGCCGAGGCCCCACCACCCAGCCCAGAGGACAGCUCCAGGACAGGCCCCCUCAACCUCUCCAAGAAAUCAGAGACAAAGCUGGCAGCCGCGCAGGGACCCGUGUACGCAGGCAGCUCCCUGGAGCUGCAGGACCUGCCCCUCAACCUCUCGGUGAGGGACCCCUGCAACGCCCGGCCUGCGAGGCCUGCCUUCCCCAGUCGACCACGAGGUGCAGAACCGGCCGCAACUGCUGCUCAAAAGACUGAAACAGAAAGUUCCGGAGAUGGAAACCACACUGAGACAAAGCAAGACAACCAGGAUGCUGAUGCGGCCCCGUCAACCAGCCCCCGCGGGAAGGCCCCGGAUGCACGUGCAGUGGACAGCAGCGAGGAGCAGAAGCAGACGGCGGCCGUGGCCCUGUGCCAGCUGGCAGCCUACAGCCCAGGGAACGUCCGGGUGGGCGACGGGGAGCCCACGGCACAGGAGGCCACCUGCCCGCAAGACUCGCCCACUCUCAGUUCCACGGAAACCCAGGAGGCUCCAUGUGACCUCAGACCCAAGGGACAAAAGAGGGCAAGCCAAAGGGACACAGGAAAAUCCCAGCAAGGAACUAAGAGAGCGAAGCCGAAUGACACUGCACGAGUGCUCACUCUGCGAAAAAGAACCCGGGUGUCCUAAGGCCAGGCACACCUGCCCCAGCCGUGGCACCUGGCCGAAGGGACUGCCUCCCUCUCCCGUCUGGCCGCUCUUUACAAACACAGUUUCCUCAAAAUACAAAAACAAGUUGCAAUUUGGUUUUUGUAAAUACUAAACACAAAUGUUAAAAGGUGCUUCUACUUCUGGUUGUACAAACAUCUGUGACUCAUAUACUCUUAGACUGAAGAAUUAGACUUUGGCUCUCAUUUUUGUAAAAUGUCAAAUGAGACGUGUGGAACCAGAAGGUGACUCUGAGGCGCAAGCCAUCUUACGGGAGAUCUUUUACAAAUACUUUUCUUACAAAUAUUUUAGCACUAGAAUAAAUUGUUUUAAUUGGUUUUCUAUUAGACUUAGCUGUACAUUUUGAAGGAAAUAACAAAUACUGAAAAAAAAAAUCAGUAAAAAACAUUUUCAAUACUAGCAUUAAAGAUGCUGUAUAUAAAAAAAAAGUUGUGACUUGUUAUGACUAAAUAAUACACAAACAUCAAGAGGCUAUUUAUACAAAUAAUUUAUUUCCAUUAGGGAAAAUGUAUUACUGGUAAAGGUAUUCUCAAUUGUUCUAUUUGCUUCUGACGUUACAGUGAAUUUUCCGGCUUAUUCAGUCUUGUUUUCCACUCCCAAAAAUGAUGUGUAUGUUGCCAAUUUUCUAACACUCAUGUGAACCUUAAAGAUACAUAAAAUGAAGACAAA